AUGUGCGUUGGCGGCCGGUUAUCUCACGCCCCAGUUACUGAGUCUAGAAAACAUCCAUUCAUCUUAAACCACCAUCACCCGCUCGCAAUUUUGGUUAUGCGACAUUAUCAUCUGCGACUAUUUCACGCCGGCCAGCAACUGCUGAUUGCAUCAGUUCGAGAGAAGUUUUGGCCAACUGCUAUCCACAGUUUGGCUAAAAGGGUUAUACAUGAAUGUGUCUCAUGCUUCAAGAAUAAACCUAAGGUCGUAGAUCAACUAAUGGCAGAUCUUCCGUCCGAGCGAGUAACGCCAUCAUCACCGUUCUCAAAAAUGGGAGUAGACUAUUGUGGUCCCUUCCUUAUAUCCUAUCCUAACCGUCGGACCAGACCAGUAAAGUGCUAUGUAGCGAUAUUCGUUUGUCUGGCGGUGAAAGCGGUUCACUUAGAACUCGUAGCAGAUCUAACAACUCAAGCGUUCCUGGCUGCUCUGAGGCGUUUUACCGCGCGACGCGGAAAACCAAAUCUAAUCAUGUGUGAUAACGCUACAACAUUUGUCGGUGCUAAGUGGGAACUAUCUGAACUACAUCGCUUAUUUCUAAGUCAGCACUUCCAAGAUGCUGUUGUCAGGGAUGCCGGAAAUGACAGCAUUGAGUUCCGUUUCAUUCCUCCUCGCACUCCGAACUUUGGUGGUCUGUGGGAGGCACAGGUGAAAUCGUUAGACUCCGAACGCUAA